AUGGCAUCCACACAAGUACCAACAGAGCAAUCAGUUCCAGAAACAACACUACCAACCGCCUCUACUACUAUCACCACUCCAAAAACCGAGCUUGAAACUCUUGCGUUAGAAAGCUUAGCAAAACUUGAUACACUUAUUACUCUCGCUGGUCAGGUAUUUCAAACACUAGACGCUUAUUCGCGUCAGAAACCGGUAAACGAGGAUAAUGAAGGGGAAUUUGAACAAUUAAAGCGUGAGAACUUUGGAAUAGGUGGGAGUGAGGUGAGAGAAGGUGAAACUGGAAAAGAAGAUGCUGUCUUUUCAGUUGAGAAUGUUGUGGAUGUCGUGGAACGGUAUCGUGAAACGGAGGCAGAGUUGAAGGAGUUUGUUGGUAAAGUUGACGCGUUGAAGACAAAAACCGAAACAAUAACCACCACCAUUACAGACGAUGGGAUAUCAAAACUAGAGCCGUCUUCUAGUACAAUCACCACAGCCAUUUCCACUACAUCUGUCACAAUAACUGAACAGCAGCUGUCACUAUUGCCACCUUCACAACAGCAAGAAGUAACUGAUGAGAAUCCAGUGAUCGUUUCUCUUUUACAGAGACGCGAUGAGAUAUUAAAACAAUCAAAUGAACAAUCAGAACAAUUGUCAACACUCUUGGAACAAAUGUAUCGAUUACAAUUCAUUGGGCAGACAUUAAUUGGUAGUUUUGAUCAACCUAUAAACUUGGAGGGUGAGCAAGUUGAGGGUGAAAAAGGAGGUGGAAAUGGAGGAGAAAAAGCCGAAGAUACGGGGAUGACAAUUAGAGAAUCUUUGGAAGAGAAAAAAGAUGAAAUGGGAAGUGAAAAUGAUGCUAUGAUUCUAUAA